AUGGAUCCAAGACGGUCGCCAGCUCUUUACAACCACAAUCUCAACCACAACCACAACCAGCACCAGCACCAGCACCAAAACCACGGCCAGAGCCAUCGCCAGCACGGCCACCGAGGGCAGCACUUCCCCCUGCCGCCGACCUCGACCACCGCGACCACCGCCGCGCACGCAGUCCCCGUCUCGGCGCCGUCGCCAGCCUCGCAUCGCAUUCCCAGCCCGGCCUAUGCUCACCAGCGCCGCAUCUCGGAGGCGCCCUACCGCUCCUCCCACGUCCGCGACUAUCCCGAGCCCGGCCAUAGCCAUAGCCAUUCGCGUGCCCAGAGCGCCUCGUCCCUGCCCACCGCCCGCGAGCUGAGUCGCAAUAUGCCGCCGCCCACGUCGCCUCCCCAGCAGCUGGGGCCACAGCAGCAGCAGCAGCAGCUCCAGCAUCACCAGCAGCCUCCUCCUCAUCCCUCGCAGCCUCACCCCGGCAUGGCGUACGGGCCACCACCGCCUCGGCCGCCUCCCGUCGCUGUUGGGCCGCCCAGCGCCUUUCCCUCCGGCCGCGACCUGCCCGCUUUGAGCUCCAUCGCCCGCGCCGGCUCAGCGUCAGGCGGCAGCUCCAUGUCCAUCUCGUCCAUGCUCGGUGGCCCGCCUCCAGCAUCACGAGACGCCCAGCCCCCGUCUGCGCCGCCCCAGCAUUACGCAUCGCACUCGGCCCCGACCUCCGCAUCGACCUCGGGUCCCGGCUUUGCGGCCGCCAUCCAGGCGUCGCCUCGAAUGCACUCUGCAUCCUCCGAAUACCCCCCGUUCCGGCGGCCUCAAACCCCCGAGCUUCAGCGACCGUACGAUCCCCGAGCAGCCGCUGCACCGUCACCUCGAGGCCCCUACGCCACGACCCCCGACAUCCAGCGAUACGGCACGCCGCAACAGCAGGCGCAGCAACAACCCUAUCACGCGCGGCACCCUUCCAGCUCGAACGAUCCAUCUCGAGACCCCGCAAGAAUGUCCGGAGCGCCGCCGCCCCAAGCUCAGAAUAACUCUCAGUCGAGAUCGUACGGCGGCAUGGCACCUCGGCCGAUGGAAGUCGGAAGGGUACCUGGUCCCGAAGAUGCCUACGGUCGCCGAGAGGAAAUUACGCGAUCAGCAGCGGGUCUAGAUUACGGCGAACGGACGGGCCUGAGGCCUUAUUCCUAUGACGAUCGCUACAGGGCUGAAAGAGAGAGGCAAAACGCAAUCGAACAACAGCAGCAUCAGCAGCAGCAGCAGCAGCGUGAACGAGAAGGGCGGGAGCGGGCUUAUUCCGGAGGCGACCCGAGCCGACAUCCUCUGGCGCCGCAUGACCAGCCACAUCGCGAACCCCCGGCCCACCAAUCUGCCCCCUACGGCGCCGCACCCCCUGCCGAGCUCCUCGACCGCCGCGACCCUCGAGACCCGCGCUGGGGACGACCUGAACCAGACGCCAACUACAGGACCGCACCGAUGGAUCAUCAGCGACCGCACCCAGACUAUCCUCCCACCUCUGGUCCUUAUGCGCCUCACGGCUCAGCGUAUCCCACGGCACCUCCAGAGAGAUUUCCACCAACGUCUCACGCCGGAUAUCCGCAAAGUUCAUCAGGUGUCGCCGGCCCGCCCCAACCUCACGAGUCUCCCGAUCGAGCCCGAAUGGAGCUCCAUCACGCGCAGCAACAACAGCAGCAGCAGCAACAGCAGCAGCAGCCGCCACCUCAUCCUCAGCAGCAGCCCAGAUCACGACCUCUUGAUGACGUGCCUCCGUCUCAUUCAUCCGCGCCGUUUCCCGGCGGCGGUAGCCAUCCGUUUGACGCGGCGCGAAACAGGAAUAUCGACGAUCCUUCUGGACCGGGCAUUCACCAGCGCAAUCUGCUUGCCGUACAAGAAAUCAACCGCAAAGGACGGGUUUCCCCGCUCCCGCAGGCCGUUCAGGGAGCGCAGCCUCAGCAGCCGGGACCCGCCGCAGAACCAGGCAUCAAGAGCGAGUUUGGUCGCAUGUUUGCGGGUAUUGGCAGCGGCGUGGGAGGCGUCGGCGGCCUGUCGAGCCCCGUCACCUCUGCGCCGAUGGUGCAGUACAUCAACGCAGCGCUGGCCAAACGCGACGAGACCGAUAAUCCGGCGCCUGAGGCCGGGCCAGAAGGGGCGCCCAAGGCUCAACGGGGGAGAAGGCGAAAGCUGAAUACGGAGGAGAGCCGCGACGACGACAGCUCCGGCAGGGUCACACCGGUAGGGCGUGGCGCAAAACGGGUCAGGGGACAUGCGCACCAUCACCAUCACCACCACCACCACCAUCACCACCACGCGCCCGAGGGAACUGCUUCUCCGACUGUUGCGAUCACCACGCUCAAGAACUUCAAGGGCGCGACGCCCAUGGCAUCACCGACAGAGAAGAUGCCGAACGCUGCUCACCACCACCAUCACCACCAUCAUACGCCGCGAGCCGCACAGCCGGCGCAGGCUACGAAGACUGCGCAGAGCCCUCCGACGGCGAUUCCACCCAAGCCGCGGACCAUUGUAUCCUCCAAGGCGGUGCUGGAGCAGGUUGCUGGCCAGCCCCGUCACCAUCUGGGAGACUUUAUCUAUGAACCAUGGCUGAAGCCUGGAAGGCUACUCCCAAGCACCCCCACCCACCGGGGCUUCGCAUCGAACCCGAAGCCGCUGCCGUAUGAGCUGAUUAAAGGCAAGGAAAACUGCACGCUGACUGUCAAAGUGUCUCGCGUCCACCUGUCGCCGAUUGCUCGGGAAGAGAUCACCGCCAGAGCCUUCCUCUGGGGCACGGACGUCUACACGGACGACUCCGACGUAGUGGCGGCGUGCAUUCACGGGGGCUGGAUCAGGGGAGAAUGGACCGAGGACGUCGACACGUCUCUGCUGGACUUGGACCAAGGCUCCAACGGGGAAACGAAGCGUCGCAAGGCUAAGAGCAUGGACGCCGACAUGGUCAACGCAACAUCCGAAGGACUCAUUACGAGGCCUCCUCCCACGGGCCCGAUGCCCACCCCGCCCGACCGCGACCUGCACGUCACUGUUUUGAUACUGCCCCGACUCGUCAAGUACGCUUCCUCCACGCGAUACGGCAUUACCAGCCGCGAGUUCGGUGGCGAAUACGGAACACGACACUCCAUCCACGACGGCCUCAGCUACAUGGUUAAGAGCAUCCGCUGGGUGCAGAAUGGUGCCCAGCCUCAGGCCAGGCUGCGCGGAAAGGGCAGGCGGGAGCGGAUGAGGGAGCAGGCGGCCAACUAUGUCCUCAUAGCAGGGUUGGGCAAGGAUGUGGCCGCGGACAGCAAGCCCAGCUUGGGUAGCGAGAUUUCUGGCAACUGGGCCAAGAGGAAGAACGCUGAUGAAGCGCCCGAGGGGAAGCGUCGCGACAGCGAAGGAAAUAAGGAGAACCUGCCUGACGAGAAGAUGAGCGACGCUCCAGCAGAAGAGCACGAGCAGGAGAAGGAUGUGGAGAUGCCGGAUAUGGCAGGCGAGGAGAAGGCGGUAGCGGCUGAGGAGAAGUAG